ACAACAAUCGGUUUCUAAGGAAGAAGUACACCAUCAAUUAUGCAUCUUUUUAAAUCACUUUGCUUUUUAAAGUCGACUUACUAAGUCACUUAGAUCUAUCUAGAACUAGAUCAAAAAUGUUUAAAUUAAGCUAGAUCUAGAUUUAGUUCUAAUUAGAAUUUAAUUUUAAAAAAAAUCACCCCAUAAAUAAUAAACAUAUCAUUAUGAUGGCUGUUAAAGCGCAAACAUGCUUCAUGACAACAAAAGAGAGACAACUCUUCCCUGUUGGUACAGCCCAAGACAGGUUUGGGAAUGAGUUGUGCCCUUUAAGAGGAGCUCCUCAUUUGGGUCCAGGCGCUUAUGAAAAUGAUGAAAAAACAAGCUUUGUUUACCUGUCCAAAAAGAAAAUUCUCAGCAGUAAAGGAUACUCACUUGGAGCCAGGACUGGACCACGGAUAAAACAAAUAGUUCAAGAUAAAACACCUUCCCCAGCUGAAUAUCAAAAAGACGUAACAGAAACUUUAAAUCCUCUUCAAUUAAACAAACCCUUUGGUGUAGGCUCUGAAAGAUUCCCACUGUUUAGAAGAGAACUCAUGGAUGUAAUACCAGGAGCUGGGGCAUAUGACACUGAUGCAACACUGAAUAAAAAAGUUCAAUGGCACCAGUCUUUUGGUGGUUCACCAAUACAGCUGCCCAGUGUGACACACAAAAGUACAAUUGACAGAAAUACAGAGAAGCUCUACAGUACCAAAGAAGAAAGAAAAUACUUCAGGAAACUGGCCUAUUUGAAGCUUUACUACUAACUCAAACUUUAAAACCAAGUUUGUAAAACAUUUUGUCCUUGUCAAUUUUAAUAAGUGAUUGUGCAUUUGCUACAAUGUUGACACAAUUUAAGUAUAGAAGAUGAAGUAAGGAGUUAUUCCCCUUCACACCAAGAGUGUGGGCAAACUUCACAAGAAGGUCCAAGUGUCCUAGCUUUACAUCUGAUCCAUGUGGAAUCCUUUGAAACAGUUUCUUUUAUCAGAACCUUUAACAGUUUAGUAGAUAGUACAUUUCACACAAUUAGAUUGAGAAUAACACAUUUUUGCCUCUAAAUAUGUGUUUUAUUAAGGACAUAUUCAUAUAAAUUAUACAGUACAACAUCAAUUAUCCAAAUUGACUGGGAAUGGGGUCAGUCCAGAUAAUUGAUCUUCUUGAUAACGAAAUGCGAAAUAUUAUAAAUAGUCCUUUUCACCAACAAAAAAAGAAAAUUUGAAUGUGGGUAUCGCGCAGUACAUAAAAAUACUAUUCAAUUAAAAUAUACAGGGGAACUAAGCUUUAUACUUAGCAGCCUAACAUUAUUGAGAGAAAUAUUUGCUGAUCUUUCCCUGCACAGCAGCAUGACCACUAAGAUACCUUACUGUAAAACAAAAAAAAACAACAAAAAACAAAAGGGCAGUCCUGAUAACUGAUGUUCUAAUGUAUUUCUAUUGAUUUAUUAAUUUGGAAUCCAUAAUUAGCUACAUUCAAAUAACAUGGCACUUUGAUUUACUUUGAAUUCUUAUGUGUAAUAAGCCAGCAGUCUGUUGACAUAUACAGAGCUGUUUUAUUUUUUUUACACUCAACUCCUAUGUUGUAAUAUUUCCAGUAUUUAUUUUAAACUAAUUUAGUCAUUAGUAGGAGACUAGUAGACCAAAAAUUAGACUAAGUCAAGUUUAUAGAGCAAAAAGGCCAUUAUAAAGUUAAAGAAAUUAAAAUAUACAGAAAAUAAAAUUAUUAAUAACAAAAUAAAACAAAAUAGUAAAUUUGAAGCAGUAAAGAAUUAUUUAUAAGACACUAGAUUGUCAAAGAAAAGAAAAGAAAUAUUACAAACAUUUCCAUGGUAUCUAACAAUUAGUGAUAUAUUUGGUAUACUGUCAGACCACUAUUAUGCUUAUAGCACCAUAAAACUCUCUAUAAUUUUCUCAGUGGAAGUAUUCUAGUUUAUUGAAGAGAAAAUAAGUGACAUGAAUAUUUUUUCCCUUACACACAUCUUUAUUUAGUUGUUCUAUACUCUAUUCUAAAUAAGAGUGCUUGUUUUAUUUUUUAACUGCAUACAUUUUUUCUUGUGUGUUGGGGGGGGGGGUGCGAGUCUUACAGUACAAACAAAUAGAAUUCUGCAAUUUAAAAUAAAUAACAUCAGUGUUCUAUUUGUCAUUCAAAGUUUUUCUGAUGAACAAAUAUUUAAUAAAUAAUUUCAUUUUAUAUAUGUGUGUGUGUGUGUGUGUGUGUGGACUCUCUGUAUGUAUUUCAUCUCUGUAUGUAUUUCAGAACUAAAAAAAAGUAAAGGGAAGUAGUUGGGAAGGGAAGAUAACUGUAUUUCUAAGUGGACUUGUGAGGCUAGGCAUUAGAUGGAAACAACUUUUCUUAACCAUUACAGUCUAAUGCUAACCAUAAGAGAUGUUUGUUUUGUUUUUUUAUGUUUUUUUUUUUGUUUUGUUUUUGUGUGCACUUUUUGAAAUUAAUUUUUUUUUAAUUUCACUAGUGCAAAAGAGCUUAAAAAAAUGUGUGUUUUUUCUUUAUCAAGAAACAUUGACGGUUUUCCAAUUUUAUAUGGGAACAAAAUAUGAAUGUAAAAUGGAAUAAACUUUAUUCACAUUUAGUAUUGGAUAAAUUAUUGACAUUCCUUGAAACAAAGAUAGUCAAACACAAUGUAAUGCUCAUUUCUAAUUAUGUACAGUAAUCCAAUUUUCUAACAAUGUCCAAUCAAAUUUGAUUUUUAAAAAAUGUGACAGAAACUCUCUUGAGAAUAUUUCAGCCCAGUUUAUAGUGCAGUAUUGAAAGACAUUGUGUCAAGUAUUGUGUAAAGUAUUGUGUAAAGUAUGGACUCAUUUCAAUUAUAUGAUACAUUUGGUUUUCAGUUAUUUUAUACUAUUUAUAACUAUUUUUUUGUAGCAUUGAAAAGGAUAAGAAAAUAAGUAGUUUUAAAGUUUUGUCACCAAAUGAUAAUGUAUGUUUAACAAAUGUCUCUUUUUAAAUAGACAAGUUUUUUAAGUUGACUAAUGUAUGUUUUAGAAUUCUUUUUAUGUCAUCAAUAAAACACAUUAGCUUUUGUUUUUUCUGCCAUUAUUAUAAAUGUUUAGUUUUUCCCUCAAGUAAAUCUAUUUUGUAGUAAGCUAUAUAACUCAACUCAUAACUCAUUGAGCUCCCAAUACUUGAUCUCAAUAUCUCUUGACCCUGGUAUCUCUUUAAGUUCCCAUUACAUGACCCCAGUAUCUCUUUAAGCUCCCAUUACAUAACACCAGUAUCUCUUUAAGCUCCCAUUACUUGACCCCAGUAUCUCUUUAAGCUCCCAUUACAUAACACCAGUAUCUCUUUAAGUUCCCAUUACAUGACCCCAGUAUCUUUUUAAGCUCCCAUUACAUGACCCCAGUAUCUCUUUAAGCUCCCAUUACUUGACCCCAGUUUCUCUUUAAGCUCCCAUUACUUGACCCCAGUUUCUCUUUAAGCUCCCAUUACAUGACCCCAGUAUCUUUUGAGUGUCUCACUACCUAACCCAAAUAUCUGAUCAGCUGGACUUAUAGAACUGAUGUAGCUCAUAUGACAAACCUUACUUGACCAUUAUUCUAGAAUGUGAUUCCAGCAUUGAAAGUGGCUUAAAGACUUCAGUUAGUUCAAUUGAAAAGAAGAUAUUUGUUUGAUCCAUUCAAGUGUAAACACCUACUUGCAGCUCAUGUUACAUCAAGAAAUAAAACCAAUGUUUGUAUACACUUA